AGCCAGUCAGCAGGCAGGAGGGAGGGGCAGAGCUGAUUAAAAAGGUUUUGCAAGAGACCACAGCCUGUCCUUGCUGGGAGGAGACCGCCCAUGGCCACUUACCUGGAGCUGCCCACUCGUGCGAGGAUGCCCAUCCUGGGGCUGGGGACCUGGCAGUGUCUCCAGGGAGCAGCAAGGGAUGCAGUGAAGUUUGCCCUCGAUGUUGGGUACCGUCACUUCGACUGCGCCUACAUGUACCAGAACGAGAGGGAGAUCGGGGAUGCGCUGCGACAAAAAAUUGAGGAGGGCGUCGUGAAGCGAGAAGAACUCUUUAUUGUCAGCAAGCUCUGGUCCACCUUCCACGAGAGAUCCCUGGUGAAGGAGGUGUGCCAGAAAACACUCACUGCCCUCCAGCUGAAUUAUUUGGAUCUCUACCUGAUGCACUCACCCAUGGGAUUCAAGGCAGGAGAGGAGCUAUUUCCUGCAGAUGGAAACGGCAUGAUCAUUCCCAGCGAUACAGAUUUUCUGGCUACGUGGGAGGCUAUGGAAGAGCUCGUGGAUUUGGGAAUGGUGAAGGCUAUUGGAGUCUCCAACUUCAACCGCAAACAGAUCGAUCGGCUCCUGAGCAAACCAGGCUUAAGACACAAACCUGCAAAUAAUCAGAUUGAGAGCCACCCCUAUCUUCCUCAGGAAGAGCUGAUAAAGUUUUGCCAAUCCAAAGGGAUCUCUGUCACUGCAUAUUGUCCCCUUGGAGCACCCAACUGGCCAGGGUCCAAGCCUGACCAUAUUUCCCUUUUUGAUGAUCCUCAAAUUAAGGAAAUUGCACUCAAGCACAACAAAACCCCAGCUCAGGUGCUUAUCCGGCUCCAGAUUCAAAGAAAUGUGAGUGUAAUUCCCAAAUCUGUCACUCCACAGCGCAUUGAAGAGAAUUUUAAGGUGUUUGACUUUGAACUGACUAAAGAGGAGAUGGAGACCCUCCUUGGUUUCAAGAAGCGCUAUCGCAUCUGUGCAUUAAGCGAAUGCAAAAAUCACAAGGACUAUCCUUUUUUUGAAGACUGACACAGGCAUCAGCUUCAGAUCCUCCAGGGAUCCAGACCAUUUAUUGUUAUUUCAAGCAAUCUGCAAUACUUUGUGUAUUAAUUCAUGGUAGAAGGGGAAUAUGUAUCAAAAAAUGGGAGAAGGUAACUCUCAGGCACCUUUGAACAUGGAUACAUUUGCUUCCCUUUUUAUCAACCAGUUGUAUCAGUCCUUUAUCUGCUCUUGUAACACAGUUUGCAGUAGCAGCAAAAUAUAUAUUCUCUCUUAAUUUAGCAAUGAAAAUGAAGUUUAAUAAACCCAUUGACUGGGCUUAGGGAAAAGCAGUCUCUGUCAUAACUGUAUAUCCUGACAAAGCCUAGAGAAAAUUUAAAUUCUCUGAUUAGUUAUACUUUUGGACAAAAGGUCAAUACACACACUGUCUUUUAAUUAUCAGUACAAGACAAUCCAUUUAACAUCAGAAGAUCUUCAUGACAUGACAUGCUGAGUUCAGUAAUUUCAGUGUAACAGACUGAAGCUCUUUAGAGGACACUGCUGAAUUACAGUUCAGGAGCUCUUAAUGAGGUUUCUUAUUUAUGAACUGCUAAAAACUAAUAAACUACUAGGAUAUUUGUAUGCUUGGUUUAUAGUAUCUGCAAGAGUAUAUAAAUACUGCCUUUAUCAGUAGAAUGACUGCAGUUGAGACUGUGAAUCUCUCCUAGAAAAUCCCAAGUCUGAUAAAGGAGGCACACAGGAAUUAUUUUGUUUGGCAACUGUCGUAUUUAGCAAGCAGAAAAGCUGGGCAGCUUCACAGAAGCCAACAGUAGAUUUUCACUCUCCUGUACUGUUCCCUAGGUAGUUUCCUUGUGUUUUGACUCAAAGGAUGUCUUUGGAUGCUGUUAUCUCUAGUUAAAAAAACAAAAUGAAAGUCAGUGCUGCUGCAGCCCAUGCUGGUGUUUUAAUGAGGUGUCUGUUAAUCAGGAUUUGCUCUUUAACACUUGACUCAAAACUCCUGUAACUUGCUUUAGGCUCUUGCAGCCCAGGAUAAGAACAGUGUGGCUCAGCACUGCAUGCAGAGAGAAGGACAAUUGUGUAAUUAAAGUUCAGGACUAGGAUACACACUUUAUGGAUAUCCUUUUCCAACUGAUUUUCUUUUCAGUUGAUUAAUGAAAUUAUGGCGUAUCUUUGAGCUACUUCAGACUUUUCCAAGACAUUUGAGUAACAGGUGCCCCAGACACAACAGAGCAAAUUCCCAUCAAAUUGGAUUUCCUACAGCAACUCUUCUAAAGAAAGAGGUCUGAAAAAUCUAUUAGGAAUUGACACUCAACAGUUAUAAUGCAGUGAUAUGAUCAGGAAGGUGCCUGUAAUGGGAAUUCUCUUUUUUUCUCCUCCUGAACACUCUACAUUUAAAAGGCCAGUUGCAGGAUAUCAUCCUAGAUGCAAUUAGAAGGUGAACUCUGUGGAAGGUGCUCUGCUCCCAGGUAUUCAGCCUGUGGUGACUUGUCAAUCUCCAGCAGUAGCAGCAACACCCACUUUGUCUUGAAAUAUUCUCUACUUCAUAGGAAUUUUCUAACCACAUUCCAAUUUAAUCACAGCUAUCAGACUUGAAGCUAUUUACAGGAUGUUUAUAGACCAUGGUAGGCAGGAAGUCAGACUAGAUGAUCACAGUAGCCAUAUAAUAGUAAAAAAUUCAAAACAAGUUAGAAGCCAGAGAUUGUGUGUUUGUUUCAGAGACAAUAGAUCUUUUUCAGCUGCAGAGACUUUAGUAAAGGUAAAAAGAGAAGAAUUUGGGUGGUGUCAGUUACUGGGAAAUAAAAAGCCCCCCUGUUUUGCAGCAGAGCCACAGCCCUAUUUACAACAUGCUUUUCUAGAAGAGAAUUGCUGCCUCACAGCAAGCACAGCCCUGAGCCUGCUGCCAGGAGCUGUAUGGAAAGGUUUCUAAUAUCCCAAAUUAAUUUUCAGUUUCUAUCAGCUGUGCAGCAGUGCUCUUCCACCAAACCCAGACAUCCAUCACUCCUAGUCAGCAGUGACAUUCUCUGUGCCAAAGAGCCCAGUAAAAUGGGAACACCUUAGCUUAGCACUUUGUAUCACAACACAUUGUCCCAUGACUUCAGCUUUUUAUUGUGGAGUUCAUCCAUUCUGGUAGUGUCAAGCCUCAUGAAAAGUUCCAAAAGGGCUGGGUGAAAAAAGUAAAAUGUUAUGUCUGUGUUUCAGAGGGAAAAGUGGAUAACACAGGUAAAGAACAAUAGGUACAAAUCCAAAACUCUUUGCUGAACAUCACUGCUCAAAUUUUCUAUCUAUUGGAAUUUCAAGCUCUCUCAUAUUGAGGUCAACAUUUUUCAAAAGCAAACUGAAUGAGGAGCCAAAGACAGUCAGAUACAAACUUAUUUCAUGAACUUUUUGCAUGUAAUCCUGCACAAGAAGUACUGGUCCUUGCCUUCCUCUGAAUCUUAAAAAAAAAGACUUACAGAAGACUAAUUAGGAUAAUCAGUGGCCUAGGAAUAAUUUCUACAGAUGGUAAUUAAAAAGACUAAGACUUUCCUUGACCUGACACCAGUACAAGAAGCUGUGCCAGAUGUUUAUAAAACCUGGAGCAGCUUGCAAAGUGUGACUGGAAAUAGACCAGUUGUUAUUUCCUCCACAGUAAAAAGCAGUAGAAUCAAGUUAAUUUAUCAGCAAAUCAGCCCAGAACAAAUAAAAGAUGGCAAUUUCUUCACAAACUGAAGCAUCAUUCCCUUUGGAAAAUAACAGAUUCAGAAGGUAACUGAAUAACAAAGAGUUAACUGAUGGCUGUUAAACAUAAAAGAACAAACUGCUGUCAGAAUAUUUAAAUAACACUUUGCUGCAAUGCUCAAUUUAUGAAUCUUCAGCAACUUAUUUUGACCCCAGAUGGAGACAAGAUGCUACAAUAUGUAGAUACUUUGAUACAGUUCAGCUUUCUUAUGAGCAACUACCAGCUGGCUUGUAAUCAGGCCUGUUUCAGUUCAGAAAAGCUUGAUUUUGCAUUCAGCUUUUAUUUUUUUCUUUAAGAAUUUAGAAAAAAAUAUGGAGUUUUACAGAUGUCUAGUGGUCCUGUACCAGGCACUUUAACAAGUUAAAAUGCAAGAGCAAUGUGGUCUGUUUAAGAGUUUUAAGAGCUGCCUCACAUGUAAAAUGAACAAGGUUCUGCCAGAAUAAGACAGGGCUCUGUACUUUUAAAGAAACCAAGGGCAGGGCAGAGAGAGAGAUGAUAAAUAGUUGCUGACAGUUUGUAGAUGACACACUAAGGGAGUAUUAAGUGACUGAAAUGAAAAUAAUUUGUCCCAAGUUAAAUGUUCUGUGCCCCAGCUAAGCAAAAAACUCCAGAUUUCUAGUUGUAUCCUCAACACAGUGAAUACAGAUUAAAAUCCAAAGACAGGAUUUUAUUUUCUCAUUUUGAAUAUUGUAGUUUCCUGUGCCCCAGUUUUCACAACUCUGAAACAAGUGCAUUCCAUAGCAUUUGUGCAGCCCUGUGAGCUCAGCAAGAGGAGAGGUCCUGUCUCCCUUUUUCCCUGAGGGAAGCAAACACCAAUUUAAAUAAAUUUCAUAUAAAAAGUGAUUCCAGCCAGGCAGGCCUGUGUAUUUUGUUCCAAUAGCAGAAGUAAAGCUAUUUUCUCUCAAAGAACAUCAGCUGCAACCUGAAACAAACAUGCUGUCAGAGUAUAUGUGCUGUCCUACCUUCAGCCAGCAAGAUGCCCAUUCCAAAUACUUCUUGUAUUCUCCUCUACUACACAAAAAAUCUUGCAAAAACAGUAUCUUGCCUUCUCUAAUGAGACAAUUGCUGAUUUUCUCUACCUGCUUUCCCUGAUAAAUCAGUUCACCAUCAUUCUUUGCUACCAAGUAAAUGGAUCUAUCCUGUGAGUUCCAUUUUCUUUUAAACACAAAAUAAAAGCCUGCUAAUCUGGUAUCAUUUGGAGCAGUGAGUGCAGCUGGAAGUGAAACAAAUUUUGUACAAAUACUGACUUUACCAUUUCCAAGGACAAGUUUUUUUUUCCCUGCUGCUCUUAAUCUUUCCUGUAGGCUGGAAAUCCUCUUCCCAGGGUGUGCUACAGUAUCACACGAGCUCAGCUGCUGCAGCAGAGUCCAGAGAAUGUCUAGGAAGAGGCCGACAAGGUGGAGCUGAACUACAAGUUCUUAAAUUAAGAACACAAAACAAAACACAACCAACUUUUCAUUGGAAGAGCUACAAGCCUGUAUUUGUCCUUAAAAAUGUCUUUGAUCAGAAACCCAGAGAUCUGUCAAAUCACAAUACAAAAACAAAUGCUGUGAACAGUUUCAGCAGGAAGAGCUCAGUUAGCAGGAAUGCUGAGCUCCGGAUAUUGAACUCUUUGAUCUUUCCACUUUACCUUUUAGGAGAUGAAAGGAAAUCUCUGCUCAUGUAGGCAGAGGGUAUGGCACAAACAUGGGGGUACAACAGGCUACAUUUUACUGUAAUAAUUCCUAGAUCAACCUAGACUAAAGGAAGACUGCCUCUUCCUCUAUCUUAGCCUUAGUUAUAUCUGCCCUUGGAGAAGCAAUCCAAAACCUGGAUUGCUUAUCCAGAUUUUGGAUUAAUUAAGGGUGACAGGGUUUCCUGUCACGCCCUCCCCAUGUUUUCUGACAGCAGCCUGCUUGCUGUUCAAGCUUGUGCAUCAUUACCCCUGCACUCAGGUGCUUCUCUGUUUUCUCUCUAUUCCCACUCUGACACUUCACCAAGUUCCAAGCCCUCUGCUGGCUAAGCUCUGCACUGUGUCCCAGAACGACCCUUUCCAAAUUCCUUCCCACUAAGUCAUCCAGGGAAAUACAGAGAGAGCCUGUUACAAUGCCACUCCACCCCGAGAGCUCGCUGCUCUCCCUUCUGCUGUGGAGCACUCUUGUCUCCAAGCUGUCUCCAGUAAAAUUCCUACUUCCAGAAUGGAAAAUUUCAGGCACAAACUUUCAUAAAGUUACAGUGAAAUGAAAAUAGAGGAAGCUCACAGAACCUGAUGUACUAUUUUGGAAACCCUGACCCUCAAUGUAACCUCUUGCCAGAACACACUUGUCACAAAGAUGUUAAUUGCAAGUAAGUCAACAUUGCCUCAAACAGUUUUCUGUCACAGCUCAGACUAAGCAAAGAACAUCAUCUCUUCUGGCUUUUUUAGACACCUUAGGGCUUUUGUUUAUCACAUUAGAGAUUCCCAAAAACACUCACAGAGCUGAAGCUUUCUGUACAUGCUUUUAAGCCCAGAAUUUAAAGUGAUUUAUAAUCAAUUUAUAUUAGAAGAAUCAGCACUAGAGGAGCAUAUUGCUUCAAGUCAGACACCGAUUCUCUCCUCCUCAUAUUUUAAGUUAAUUCAAUCUUGUCUGUUCAGCCUAUUGUAAAUUAUUGUGACCAAAAACGUGUUGCAUGCUAAUUCUGGUCUCAGCAUCACUAGAAAGAUUUUUUAAAAUACUUUUAAAAUUUUUCUAAUAAAUAUUAACCAUUAUAUUGAGAAAGCAGAUUUUUUUUUUUUUGUAAUUUUCAAUUGGUAUGACUCAUUAGUCAGAUUCCUUUUGAUCAGAACCAGGAAACAAACCACCUAUUUCACAAAUACUUUGAUAUCAACUUGCUUUCAUGUUACGUUUUAACCUGGCCAAGUUCAUUUUAAGGUUUGCUACACAAUUCUGGAAUCACAAUCCUAGAUUUCCCAUUUAGAUUGGUUAUGCAUUAACAGCCCUGGUGUCUCCCUUCUUCCAUCUUUCUGCCAGGCCUACACUACCCUCCUCAGAGGGGCCACUCACAUCCCAGAUCUAUUCAGACAUCUAAAAAACUCUCCAAGGAACAUGCAAGAAAGCCACCCAACAUUAUCCACUGCUUUCACCAGUGCCCAAAUGCAUUUUGUGAACAGUCUUGAGCAGCUCUCAGGUGGCAACAGCUUUAAAACCACUACAUUCAAGUAUUGUGAAAACCACGAAGGGACAAACACACCCCACAAACCAGAAGUUCAGUAUCAGCCUAUUUUUCUGUACUCCCUGAACAAAGCAUUAAGUUUCUGAUCUGCUAGCUCAAUGACACAGGAUUUUCUUGGAAAUUUUUACUGUAUUUGCCAAUGAUAUCUCACACAAACACAGAAUUCCUUCCUGCAUCAUGUGCUCCCUGCUGGAGAGGGCAAGUUUUUUACUGCUUAAUUAAAGCAAUCCCAUAGGAUGCUGUGCAGGCUUCAAGUCUUCAGUGGAAUAAGUUUUCUACUAGCAGAAGUAUCCUAUCACCUCAGUAAAAUAAAAACUGAAUUAAACAUGACUGCAUUGGCUGUCAGAACCAAACCAGUUCUAUUUAAAGAGGCACAAACAGACUCAUUGGCCACAAGUUCAACCAUGAGAACAGCAGGCAGCUCCCAGAGCACAUGUAAGAAGUCAACAUCAACAGAUGAUUUUGUGGGGGAUGGUAAUUUUCCUUGCUUUUGUGUAAUCUCUAGAGACAGCUGAUAUUAUACAGCUGCUCCAGCAUUACCACCAUUAGAGUACUGCUGAAAUAACCAUCUCAUUACACACAGUAAUGAAACUGUAUUUUAUUAUAAGCAAAACAGCUUUUAUAUCACCAAGAAACCAGGAUCUAUACACUUUCAAAGAGCUACCCAUGUAGAAAUAACUUAGAAAUCAACUUAUACUUCCAAUUAGAGGGGAAGAAAAGGCAUGGAGUGUUACAAAGAAACAAAACCAACCCCAAAAGUAAUCAGAACAAAAAAAAAAGCAGACCUCAUUAUGCAACAUCUGCCAAUAUCCUGGUCCUUCUAGACAAGAA